AGAGAUGGCGACCUCCGCGGUGCAGACAUGCUAUGUAGCAUGCUGUGCCAACAGAGCUCCAAAUGUUCUUUCGUGGAGCCACAGAGAUUUGAUCGCGUUUGGGACCUGCAAUUCAAUUGCUGUUUAUGAUCCACAACAGGUGAAAAUUGUAGGGGUUCUGAAUAAGCAUAGUGGGAGAGUCAACGCUGUGCAGUGGGUUCACAGGGAAGACUGUGGCCCCGAAACACAGCUGGUAUCAGGGGGCUCAGAUAACAAUGUCAUUGUGUGGGAGGAAGAAGAUGGUGAGCUUGCAGUUCAGUUUGUUGCUCGUGCAGUGUAUUGCGGCCACACGGGGCCUGUGUGCACGGUGGACGCGGUGACUCUACCCUCUUCCAACUUGCUUCUCGCCUCCGCUGCGUCAGACUCCACGGUCAAACUGUGGACAUACAGCGAUGGAAAAGCCGAAUGCCUGCAGUCCAUAGCUUUUGGGAGCGGGUUCAUGAUGGAUGUCUCCCUAGCUCUGUUGCCAGGCAGCAGAGUGCCUGUCCUGGCCUGUGGGGGAGAUGACAGCAGAGUCUAUCUGUAUGUGCAGCUCAAUGGGCAGUUCCAGAAUGUUCUCACUCUUCAAGGCCAUGAGGACUGGGUACGUGGUGUGGAAUGGACAUCCAGAGAUGGGGAGCUCCUUUUGGCCAGCUGUUCCCAGGACUGUCUGAUCAGAGUGUGGAGAUUGGUCCUUAAGCAUGGAUCCCAGUCAGAGACACCUGCUGAUGGCCUCAUCAGGAUGAAGGAGGACAAGUUUGAAGUGAAGGGAAGCGUGUAUGCAGUGGCUCUGGAGACAGUUUUAGCAGGCCAUGAGAACUGGGUGUAUGGCGUUCACUGGCAACCACCAUUCAGAAAGGGUGCCUCUGUGGAACAGCCUCUGAGUUUGCUGUCUGCCUCCAUGGACAAGACCAUGAUCAUUUGGGGGCCAGAGGAGACGGGCGUGUGGGUCGAGCAGGUACGUGUUGGUGAGGUGGGAGGGAACACGCUGGGCUUCCUUGGCUGUCAGAUGAGUCCCAACGGCUCACAGAUUCUGGCUCACUCCUUCCAUGGAGCACUGCGCCUGUGGCACAGAGAGCAGGCCCAGCAGGGGGCGUGGAGUCCUGGAGUAGUGGUUUCGGGACAUUUUAACGCUGUGCAGGACCUUAGCUGGGACCCACAGGGAGAAUUCAUCCUCAGCGUGGGCUCAGACCAGACCAUGCGGCUCUUCACCACCUGGAGGAGGAAUGAUUGCUGCCAGGCCACAUGGCAUGAGAUCUCCAGGCCCCAGAUCCAUGGCUAUGACAUGCAGUGUCUGGCCAUGGUGGGCCGCUUCCAGCUGGUCUCUGGAGCAGAUGAGAAAGUGCUGCGUGUGUUCAAGGCUCCACGCAACUUUGUUGAGAACUUUGCCAGCAUAGCGGGAGCAUCUCUAGAGAAGCUUAUGGCUUCUCUUGAGACAGAAGGGUUGCCAGAAGGAGCCAGCACGCCUGCCCUGGGCCUCUCCAACAAGGCUGUGUUUCAUGGUGAUCUUGUGACUCAGAGCACCCAGGCAGAAGGGGAGGAUUUCAACAGCGUGUCUGACCAAUACAAGGAGUCCUACUUUCACUCCCUCGAGCUAACAGAGCCUCCACCAGAGGAUCACCUUCUUCAGAAUACCCUGUGGCCUGAGGUCCAGAAGCUGUAUGGUCAUGGCUUUGAGAUGUUCUGUCUAGCGUCGGACUCUGCGGGAACAGUGGUCGCCUCAGCAUGUAAGGCAUCCAAAGCAGAGCAUGCGGCCAUCCUGCUCUGGAGCACCACCUCCUGGAAGCAGCUGCAGACUCUCGCCUGCCACACUCUGACUGUUACUCAGAUGGCCUUCUCUCCGGAUGGACGCCUGCUACUUGCGGUGUCCCGUGACCGCACCUGGUCGCUGUGGAGACGUGACAAACCCAGCCCCGAUGCUUUGGUGCCUUACUUCUCUCUCUGCGCACAUACCACUAAGGACACGGCAGUACACUCGCGCAUCAUCUGGUCAUGUGACUGGAGCCCUGACAAUAGGUACUUUGUGACAGCAAGUCGGGACAAGAAGGUAAUAAUGUGGGGCAGCUGUGAUUCUGAGGAUGGUGUUGGUGAGAAGGGCAGUUCAGUUAGUCCCUGCUCCUCCAUCCUGGAUGUAGGUGACUCGGCUGCUGCCGUGGCUGUCUGCCCUCUUCUCCUCUCAGACCAAAGUUACCUCUUGGCGGUUGGUCUGGAGUGUGGACGGAUCUUGCUCUAUAAAUGGCGGCCCACGGAGGACCUGUCUUCCGGAUCAGACUGGAGCAAAUGUGCUGAGACCGAUACCUCCCAGAGCCACACUCUGGUGGUGAAGCGACUCCGCUGGAGACCCCAGGCUGGGCAGGCGGGCCUUCCAGACAGGAACGAGCAGCAGAGCGGGAGCCCCCACCACGCCUGGACCCAGCUGGCCAGCGCUGGAGCUGACCAUGCCCUCAAAAUCUUCAACAUCCACACUCUGGCCCUCUAGCAGCUGACAGCCAGGGCUGGCUCAAUGAUCACUGUCUUGCAUUGCAUUGCCCACAUUUGGAGCCGUCUACAGUGGGUUUAGUGACCAGGUUUUGACAGUGCUGUAGAAAAAUGAAGAUACUUGGUAGAACCUGCUUGUUAAAGAUUUCAUGUUACUACCAUUACUCAUACUCAGUGUUGGUGUAUUGUACAAAAUAAUGUUUAAUGUAAAGAACUAGGGGUUGUAUCAUAAAUUAUUUUCUACCAAACAAAAAAGCUGUCGUCUUUUUAGUGAGGGUGGAAAGGAUUCACCACCCUGUGGGUGCUUCCUUGCAUGCUGUGAGCUUUAAAGGCUGAUGUACCCAAGUUCGUACAGAUCCCUAACAUGCCCCAUAAUCCACAUUUGCAGACUGGGUUGUAGCUACCACCAUAACAGAGUGAUAGGAGAUGACCCCAGUCAGAAGACAUGGACAUGUGACUACUUGUCACUUCCAAGGUGUGCCCAGGUUUGUUGUACAAGAACAGAGAUGGCUCCAGUACAGGCAAGCUCUUGCAUUUCCUUUGAUGUGCUUAUUAUGUAGCGAGUAGGCUCUCCAGUGCUGGCUGGGAACUGGCGUGCUGUGGACUGUGUGGGGCUUGGGGCUUCCCGGGCUCCUGUCUUCCACUGACAUAUGCUAAAUAUUUGAGGGCUUGAUGGAGCAGACAGACUGACUCUGACUCCACACUUACUCUCUUUGUAUCCUGUGUGCCAUGGAGCCCCCUCACUCUUAAUUAUUUAUCACCUUCAGUAUACAGAGAGGGGCAUUACAUAUUCAUCACCGUGUGUGUGUGUGUGUGUGUGUGUGUGUGUGUGUGUGUGUGUGUGUGUGUGAGAAACCAAGAGAAUAAAAUGUUCUGCUGGUAUUUAUGGUUGUUUUUAACAUUACAAGGCUGUAAAACAAUAAUUUUGUAUUUUUUAUUUACACAAAAACAACUUGAUGUUUCAGUUCAAAUCAGAAAGAGCCAGUAAUUUAUUUUGAUUAUUUUAUUAUUAAAAACAUUUUUUGCAAUAAUUUAAUAAAAAUGUUAUGAUUUUCAUGCAGUUUAAGGGUACAAGAAUAUGAAAUGAGCACAUCCACUAAUUUUAAGAGCUCCUGUGUGUGCAAGUAUGUGUGUGUGUGGUGUGUGUGUGUGCGCAUGUGCGUGCUUGUACAAACACACUUUUCAGGACAGUGGUGGAGCACAGAAGUGUACACUGGCAAAAUUACUGGAUAUUAAAAAAAAGACAAAAGUUAUGAAUCCUUUUGAUCUUCAUGGGCACCAAUGUGUGAAAAACAAAAACAAAAACGUCUUCCAGCACAUAAUAAAUAGUUCCAAAUAGUGAUGUGUAAACUUUUAGACGGCACAUUUUCACAGAGUGGCAAACAGACAUACACACUCACCGUCAACAUUCUGUAAUUUUUUAGCCAUUUGUAAUGUCCCCCCACUAUCAUAGAUUAAUACCUCUACAGAAAAUGUGUUGUAUACAUUAUAUACAUUAGUAAUAGUCCUUUGUUCUUUUGGAGUAUUGGGGAGGCCAUCUUAUUCUUAUACAUUGUCUGGAUAGACACACACUAAGUUACCUCCCCAAAAGCCAUUGAUAGUCCAGGCUUACAUUUGAAAAAGGUGAGUCUGUUUGCCCCAGUAACUGUUGCACAGAGUUAAAGAUUUGUGGGCAACCAAGAUUUUCACUUUUAACUUGGUUCCAGAGUUUAUUGCCUGUAAUGAGCACUAUAAAUCUGAUACCAUGCUGCAAUGUUUGAUUCCAUAUCUUGGUGGGUAAACUGUUUGUUUGAUUUAUAUCCGUGUGCAUGUGUAAGCACAAAUGGACACACUUCUUGUUGGGUGUUGUGUAACACUCCUAAAAUUAAACCAAAGUGUAACCUCAUUGAGAGUAAGCAGUUGGUCUUUCACUGAUAAAUUCACGUCUUUCGUCAUUGCAGGGAUCAAUGUGAUUGCCAUGUGAUUUUUUAUUUUAUUUUAUUUUUUUUGUGGUCAAAUUUUCUUAUCUUUGUUUCAGAGGGUUUUAAUUCAUAAUUCACCCAAAAUAAAU